AUGAUCUACACGACCAUUGACUCGUUCUAUCUGACCAAGGACCAGAUAGAUGACUCGCCGUCGCGCAAGGAAGGGGUGGACAAGGAAACGGAGUAUGUCCUCCGUGUAUACGGCUGCGAGCUUAUUCAGGAGUCCGGAAUUCUCUUGAAAUUGCCUCAGGCUGUAAUGGCCACCGGGCAAGUCCUCUUCCACAGAUUUUAUUGCAAGAAGUCGCAGACGCGGUUCAAUGUCAAGGGUGUUGCUGCGAGCUGCGUGUGGCUCGCGUCGAAGCUUGAGGAGAAUCCUCGGCGGAUUCGUGACGUGCUGAACGUAUUCCACAGGAUUAACUUAAGGCGUGACAACCUCCCGUUAGCUCCCCUGGAGCAGUUCUCAAAGAACUACGAGGACUUGCGCACGGAGCUGAUUCGAACGGAAAGGCACAUUUUGAAGGAGAUGGGAUUCAUCUGCCACGUGGAGCAUCCCCACAAGUUCAUUUUCAACUACCUCAGACAGCUCGACGUGCUCGAUGAUGCUGUGAAGCACGAGGCCUGGAACCUUGCCAAUGACAGUUUGCGGACGGUACUGUGUGUGCGGUUCAAGAGCGAGGUUGUGGCAUGCGGGGUGAUCUACGCAGCAACAAGGCGCGCUCGCAUUCCGCUUCCAGAGAACCCGCCCUGGUGGCUGGCCUUCGACGCCUCAAAGGAGGGCAUUGACGAGGUGUGCAGGGCGCUGGCAGAGUUGUACAGGAGGCCCAAGGCUCAGUACGUUGAGGUUGCCAAGGGCAAGGAUGCCAAACCGUUUGUGCUCACCACGAGAGCAUGGGAGCCACCUCCUGAUCCCCAG